UAAUAUUCUCAUCGAUUUGAUUAUAUAUAAGUCAGUCAUCGCACCUCUGUCUCCAUACAAACCCUAUCGCUUCUUCCUCUCUGACUCUUCCUACUCAUCCCCUGCACAACCAUCGUUGUUUUCACGAUCCAAUGACACUCUCAGAGGCCAAAAUAAGGGCUUUGAUUGAGGAAGUAAGGGGUCUGAGAUUGAUAACUGCUGUGAAAACUCCAUACCUCCCCAAUGGCCAAAUUGAUCUUGAUGCAUAUGAUGACUUGGUGAACAUCCAGAUUGCGCACGGCAUUGAUGCCAUUCUUGUUGGUGGAACGACCGGUGAAGGCCAAUUGAUGACUGUGGGUGAAAAAGUUAUGCUCAUCGGUCACACGGUUCACCAAUUUGGCGAUAAAGUGAAGGUGAUUGGUAAUGCCGGGAGCAACUCCACGGCACAGGCAAUUAGUAUCUCGGAACAGGGUUUUGCUGUUGGAAUGCAUGCUGCUCUUCAUAUUAACCCUUACUAUGGCAGAACCUCGAUGGAUGGUUUGGUUGCUCACUAUAAUGCUGUGCUUGACAUAGGCCCUGUGAUCAUAUAUAACAUACCACAAAGGACUGCUCAGGAUAUUCCUCCUAGUGUGGUGGAAAUCUUGGAAAAACAUCCUAACCUGGUUGGUAUCAAAGAGUAUGGGUCUAAUGAGAGGGUGAAAUUGUAUGCUGAUAAAGGAAUGGUUGUGUGGACUUCAAAUGAAAAAGAAUGCCAUGAUGGUAGGUGGGAAUGUGGUGCUGUUGGGGACAUGUCUGUUGUCAGCAACCUGGUUCCUAGUUUAAUGAAGGAACUCAUGCAUGGAGGCAAGAAUCCAGAAUUGAAUGCAAGGCUUUUGCCUUUGUUUGAUUGGCUUAUGCUUGAGCCAACCCCAAUUGCUUUGAACACUGCUCUUAUGCAACUUGGGGUUGUCAAGCCAGUUUUUAGGCUACCAUUUGUGCCUCUCCCUAAGGCAAGAAGGGUGGAGUUUGUCAAUUUGGUGAAGGACAUGGGCAGAGAGCAUUUUGUUGGGGAAAAAGAUGUUCAAGUUCUUGAAGACAGUGACUUUAUCAUAGUUAGUCGAUAUUAAUCAAUCCUGUGUGAGGACAGGUUACUAUUUAUUUAUGUUGGGGUUUCUGUGUAUUUUAUUUUCUAAGGCAUGCCAAAGUUCAAGAAUAAUGUUCCCACAUAUUACAAAAUAAGUAUGUAAGUAAUUUCACAAUAACACCAUUUGCUAGUAAAUGCAGAGGUGAUUUCAGUGUUUAUGCUUAUCCAACUAUUUUAGUGUAAAAUAGUUGGAAACUUAAAAUGUGAAUCUACUUAUUCUGCUUCUGUUA